AUGUUUUCGAAGUUAAUUAUUCUCUCAUUAAUUACUAUUGUUGGCUUUUUUGAUGUAAUUUGCAGAGCAGAGGAAGAAAAGAGGAAAUGCAGCCAACCAGAAACAGAUUAUAAUCCAUGCGUUACAAGGAGUCGAGCUGAUAUGCUAUUUCGUCAAUGCUGUCAACUAUACCUACCAGAAGGCUGUCACGACUUAUGUCAGUACGAAACUGAUGAAAAUUCAGCUCGAAAUAUACUGUUAAGAACGAUUUUAUCUGGAAAAUGUAACCUGACACAUAUUAGUGCUGUACUCUAUUGUGCUUCACAAAAUCAGGAUAAUCGUAAAUGUUGUGAACAUUUGAAGUUAGCGGACAAUAAACUAGGAGUUGGUGAUCGUUGUUUACGAUUUUGUGAUCCAGCAGGACAGGGAAUUCAUACUAUCGCUAGAAGUGAUGCAACAUGUCUGUUCAAUUUGAAUGUAAUAUUGUACUGUCAUCAAAGUGGUAUACCAUUGGAAUGA